AUGUGUUGUAGUGACCAAGUUCUUUAAUUUAAGAUUACUUGCUAUAAAAUGAAUUAGUACAUCUAUAGUUGGAAUGUUUUGACAAAGAAAUGUAUUGUAUGCGGAGCAGGAUCCUCCUCAAAUAAUUAUUCAAAAUCUGUUAAUAAGAGUGUAGAUAAUACAGCUAACUCUGCAACUAACAACAAUUAGUCUUCUUUAUAACAAAAUUGA